UUAAGGCAGUCCGACUAUUGAGCCGGCAGAACAGUUUAAUUCUUCGAAAAGAUAGGUAGUUAAGUAAAGUCGGGAUUAACUAAUAUUCCAGACAAUUCUCUGGUGAAUUCUCAAGAAUGCAAGUGUUUUUAGCCUUAGCCCUGCUCGCAGGCUUGGCUUUCUCGGCUAAUGCCACGAAUCCGCCGAAAUGGGAUCCAAACUACAUAGUCAAGGGAACCCUGUACAUUCCGUACGCCGAGAUUGCCGAACCCUUCUACGCCUGGUAUGACAAGAAUACGAAGCGAUCCCGCAUCGAUUACUACGGCGGAAUGGUAAAGACGUACCAGCUGGCUGGCGAGGGUCAGUUCGGAACACUGCUGAAGCUGGCACCGAUUACCACCAAGACGGAGAACAACAAGCUGACCUGUCUGCAGGUGAAUGGCACCGCCGACCAGACUGUCGAUAUUCAGAGCAUCCUGCCCGAUGCGAAACCCUUCAGCCUGGUGGGCACCGAAUCCUUUUUGGGCUACACCUGCGACAAGUUUCGCCUGGAGUCGACCAUUGGCCAGAAGAAGAACGUCUAUACGCUGUGGGUGCGGUACAAGAAGUCGCCUCAUUAUCCCUCCAGCCGCAUGCCCAUUCCCGUGCGCUACGAAAUGAGGGGCUACAACACCCUGCUAGGAUCCCAUUACGAUCAUUACUACUUGGACUACGACAGCUACGAGCACGAUGAUAUCCCCAACGAAGUGUUCGAGAUCGAUGACAGCCUGCAGUGCGUCGGAUUCCCCGGACCCGGCACGGGCCACUAUGCCACCUUCAAUCCCAUGCAGGAGUUCAUAGCCGGAACCGAUGAGCAUGUGGACAAGGCAUUCCACCACUUCAAGCGGAAGCACGGAGUUGCGUAUCCCAGCGAAACGGAACACGAGCAUCGCAAGAACAUCUUCCGUCAGAACCUGCGCUACAUCCACUCCAAAAAUCGGGCCAAACUGACCUACACGCUGGCCGUUAAUCACUUGGCCGACAAAACCGAAGAGGAGUUGAAGGCACGACGCGGCUACAGAUCAUCGGGCAUUUACAACACCGGCAAGCCGUUCCCCUACGAUGUGCCCAAGUACCAGGACGAGAUUCCCGACCAGUACGAUUGGCGGCUAUACGGCGCUGUCACUCCGGUGAAAGAUCAAUCUGUGUGCGGAUCGUGUUGGUCGUUCGGUACCAUUGGACACCUGGAGGGCGCGUUCUUCCUGAAAAACGGCGGCAAUCUGGUCCGGCUUUCCCAACAGGCGCUUAUUGACUGCUCGUGGGCGUAUGGCAACAAUGGCUGCGAUGGUGGCGAGGACUUCCGCGUGUACCAGUGGAUGCUGCAGUCCGGCGGAGUGCCCACGGAGGAGGAGUAUGGUCCCUAUCUGGGCCAGGAUGGCUACUGUCACGUCAACAACGUCACCCUGGUGGCACCCAUUAAGGGAUUCGUCAAUGUGACCUCCAACGAUCCGAAUGCCUUCAAGCUGGCCCUGCUCAAGCACGGACCUCUGUCGGUGGCUAUUGAUGCUUCUCCAAAGACAUUUAGCUUCUACUCGCACGGAGUCUACUAUGAGCCAACGUGCAAGAACGAUGUAGAUGGACUGGAUCACGCCGUCCUGGCCGUGGGCUAUGGCUCCAUCAAUGGCGAGGACUACUGGCUGGUGAAGAACUCGUGGUCCACUUACUGGGGCAACGAUGGCUACAUCCUGAUGUCGGCAAAGAAGAACAAUUGCGGUGUUAUGACCAUGCCCACCUACGUGGAGAUGUAGAUAAUCCCGCUCCCACAUUAUUUUAUUUUUGUAUACUCUUUUUUAUUUUCACGCCCCAAGGGCGCUAAAUAUGCAAUACAUUUCAUGAACUCUUUUGUAAUAAAAGUCUUUCGAAUCUUA